CCGCAAAACACCAACCCUCUCAGUAUAUGUCCCAAAUGUUCGACAUGCCUCUCUCUAAAUCUUCCUAUACUUUCAGCUCCUCAAAAAUGGUCGACCAUGCCACUUACGACGACCCACCACCAACAUACAGCGACCCAGCGACUGAUCCAGCAAUGGGUAUGCCAGUGCUACAAACAUCUCAGCAAAUGAACGACUAUGGAACCAUCCUCCCAUUAGGAGACGACCCGCACUCAAACAUACACGAUCGCAGUGGCGAAGAAGAAUGGUCCGGAUUCAAGAUCGUCCUGUUCGUUAUAUGGGUCGGUCUGGCAAUUAUUUUGUACAGCACAAUUAUUAAAACGUUUUGGGAGGCGUAUUGGCGAGGACAAGGCGGAUUGUAUGGGCCGAGUUGAAGGUGGGAGGAAUGGAGACGGGGAUGGGGACGGCGAUGUUAGGUUUGAGCGGGGAGGAGGGGGAUGAGAGAACAAGUUUCUCACACUCUUUCUUGCUGGCUACUUGAGCGUAGAAUACCCAGGCCGUGGGAAUCGCAUGCGCGUCGAAGCUGAUAGGGAAUCCAAUUCCAGAGAACUCAACCGGAUAUCACAAUGCGCCUAGGCAGCCACAGACCUUAAUGCACCUACUGCCUAGCAUUCUCCAAAGAGGUGCAAUGUCGGU